AUGGUCCGGAACAAGAAGCUGUUACCCCUGGGCGUACCGGCAGCUAGCUCCCCACGCAAACAGAAGGGCACGCUGGACGAAUUUGUGUCCUCACAGCCCGAGCCCCGGACCGCCCUUGCUGCUGACAAGAUGACGCCGGGCUCCCUGAGAGCGGGAAGUGUGGGAACCAGCGCGGAGGAGUUGAACAGGGAGGACGCACUUACAAUAAUACGCCAGGAACUGGCUGCAAUCUCGGACCGCAUGCUGUCCAAGGCAGACACCGGGGGCCUCAUCCAGGAGCUCAGAGCGGCAGUGAGGGAGGAGCUGGCGGCCUUGCGCGCUGAUCUGACCAUGGUGGAGGUACGUGUGGAUGCCCUAGAAACAGAAGCGCAGGCCUGCCAAACACAGCACAGAACCGCAGAGCUGGCCACCACACGCCAGGACAAACUCCUCCUCACGCUACGCCGCCAGGUAGAAGACCUGGAGAAUCGUAGCCGCCGGCGCAACAUCCGAAUCCGGGGCCGGACUCCGCACCGCUUGCAGAUACAGUUCGGGCUCUCUUUGUACAAAUUCUGGACAGGGAGUGCUCCGUAG